AUGGCAGCGUGUUCCUCUCCAGAGAAACUUAAUGUCACUUCACACGAUGCCAUGGCUUUUGUCAUCAUCACCCUUCAGACAUUUGCUGGCAUGUGGAUAAAUGGUUUCAUUGUUUCUGUGCUGUGUGUUGCUUGGGUGAAAAAGAAUAUCUUUAACUCUAUUGAGAAGAUCUUGCUGUUUCUGGGGUGCUGCAGGUUUGUGGAUUUGUGCAUCACAUGGGUGUAUUCAUUUAUGUCAGUGAUUUAUCCCCACUGCUUUUAUGUUCACCCUAUACCCCAAAUAUUUUCAGCUAUCCUAGGCUUUUUUAAUUCUUCUAAUGUGUGGGUUUCUGCCUGUCUUUGUGUUUUUUAUUGUAUAAAAAUUGCAAAUUUCCAGCACAACUUCUUCAUCUACCUGAAGAUAAAAAUUGACAGGAUGGUACCUUGGAUGUUGUUUGCUUCUGUGCUCUUAGCACUGGUCAUGGCAGUCUUCAGCUAUGACAUUACUGACAGAGCAGUCUUUAAAAACCUCAAUUCCACAGCCACAAAAAUUUUCGGGACACUGAGUGUCAGAACAGAUGAACAUAUAUUUCUUAUGUUUUUAAUCAGUGCCUUUGCUUUAACCACUGCAUUCAUGGUAGUUGUCUUUUCUACCCUUCUCCUCCUCUUUUCUCUCUGGAGACACAAACGCAGGAUGCAGGCCAACUCAAUGAGGAACCUCAACAUGGAUGCCCACAUCAAAGCCAUAAAAACUAUUCUGUUCUUCACCUGCAUUUACAGCAUCAACUUUACUGGAUUCAUCUUGCUAUUAUUAUAUGGUACAAAAAGAGAGUAUCUUCAGAUAUUUUUUGUUUCAAUAUUUCAGCAUGCUCUUUCAGUUUUUCAUUCCCUUAUUCUGAUUUUCAGCAAUCCCAAACUGAAAAAGGCAUUGCUAAGGACUCUAUCCUGUUUCAUGUUGAAGUUUAACAAGGGUUAG